AUGGGGGAUCGAGGCCAAGCCCCUAGUCCCCGGUCCCCCCAUGGCAGCCCCCCAGCUCUAAGCACCCUCACUCUCCUGCUGCUCCUCUGUGGACAGGCUCACUCCCAGUGCAAGAUCCUCCGCUGCAAUGCCGAGUACGUCUCGUCCACUCUGAGCCUUCGGGAAGGGGGCUCAUCGGGCACGCCGCGUGGAGGCGGCCGUGGUGGGCUGGCCUCGGGUGGCUUGUGUCGCGCCCUGCGCUCCUAUGCGCUCUGCACUCGGCGCACGGCCCGCACCUGCCGCGGGGACCUCGCCUUCCACUCGGCGGUGCACGGCAUCGAGGACCUCAUGAUCCAGCACAACUGCUCCCGCCAGGGCCCCACGGCCCCGCCCCCGGCCCGGGGCCCCUCCCUUCCCGGAGCUGGCCCCGACCCCCCGACCCCGGACCCCUGCGACUAUGAGGCCCGGUUUUCCCGGCUGCACGGACGGGCCCCGGGCUUCUUGCAUUGCGCCUCCUUCGGGGACCCCCACGUGCGCAGCUUCCACCACCACUUUCACACAUGCCGUGUCCAAGGAGCCUGGCCCCUGCUGGAUAACGAUUUCCUUUUUGUCCAGGCCACCAGCUCCCCCGUGGCAUCGGGGGCCAACGCUACCACCACCCGGAAGAUCACCAUCAUAUUUAAGAACAUGCAGGAAUGCAUUGACCAGAAAGUCUACCAGGCCGAGGUGGACAAUCUUCCUGCAGCCUUUGAAGACGGCUCUGUCAACGGAGGCGACAGACCCGGGGGCUCGAGUCUGUCCAUUCGAACCGCUAACCCCGGGAGCCAUGUGGAGAUCCGAGCUGCCUACAUUGGGACGACUAUAAUCAUUCGACAGACCGCUGGACAGCUCUCCUUCUCCAUCAGGGUCGCCGAGGACGUGGCGCGGGCCUUCUCCGCCGAGCAGGACCUGCAGCUGUGUGUCGGGGGAUGCCCUCCGAGUCAGCGACUCUCUCGCUCGGAGCGCAACCGGCGCGGGGCUCUAGCCGUAGAUACUGCCAGAAGGCUGUGUAAGGAGGGCCUUCCCGUUGAAGACGCCUACUUCCAGUCCUGCGUCUUUGAUGUUUCAGUCUCUGGUGACCCCAACUUUACUGUGGCAGCCCAGACAGCUCUGGAUGAUGCCCGAGUCUUCUUGCCGGAUUUAGAGAAAUUACAUCUUUUCCCCUCAGAUGCGGGGCCUCCUCUCUCCCCAGCCACCUUCCUAGUGCCGCUUCUCUCAGGCCUCUUUGUUCUGUGGUUUGGCAUUCAGUAA